AUGCUAAGAGCAUUUCUUAGAGACCUUCAAAAAUUCGAACAGGAUGGUGGCUAUGAGUUUAUAAUAUAUAAUCAGCGAAGAUGCUUUGCAGGAACAAUUGCAUUUAUAUCUGGAGAUAAUCUUGGUUCACAAUAUCUUGUGCAAGGUUACUAUGAGCAGUGUCAAAAACUGGACCAAGGAGAGCAUUUCAAAAAAACUUAUGGCCUGAAUCAGUUUUCUUUACUUAACAACUCAAAGUACUAUCAUGUCAUUGGAGGACUCCCCCCAGAUGCUAUGCAUGAUAUACUGGAAGGUGUGCUACAAUACAUUGUUAAAGAAUUAUUAAAAGAAGUACUCUUUGAAAAGAGAUACUUCAAACUAGACGACCUUAAUAAAAGGAUGCAGGCGUUUUAUUUUGGUUAUCAUAAUGAUACCAAUAAACCUGCUCCAAUUCAAGCCCAAAGACUUCUUUCAUCAGACAAUAGUUUAAAGCAGCACGCAAAUCAGAUGUGGUGUCUUGGCCUACAUUUUCCAUUUCUUAUUGGUGACCUUAUAGAAGUAGAAGAUCAGCACAGGGGGUUACUCUGUACCUCACUUCAAAUUGUUCGUAUAAUUUUUACUCCAAUUGUGAGCAGAAAGCAAGUUUCAUAUCUUCAAAUACUCAUUCAAAAGUUAUUACAAAAUUUUAAAGAAUUGUUUCCAGAAUGCAGUAUGAUUCCAAAGAUGCACUACAUGGUUUACAUGCCAAGAGCAAUACUUCAGUAA